AUGGCUUCUUCCAAACUAAAAUAUAACGAAAUUGAAGUAGAAGGCAUAGAUCCUUCCACCUACGUAGAAUGUUCGACCUACAUCAAAGAAAAAAUCAUCCCAGAAACCCUGCGAAGUGCAGGUUGGAACAAUGCGUCUGAGACAUCUGUAGGAGCAAUUAUUUCGUACAGUAAAAACUCCAAUAUUAAACAAUGUGUGGAUCAACUCGCAGCUAUCACUGCUGAUACAUUCGUACUUGUUGCUUAUGGAGUUCAUGUACAAAAAGCACUUUCGAUAAUAGAGAUCUUCAAGACUACUGAAAACGGGAAAGCACUACAUCAAUUUAAUAAACUAGACUCGUUUAUUGAAAUCAAGGCUGGACGUAAUGAACUAUUGGAUAGAAAAGUCAACUUGCCUAUACUUAUUACCUUAUUCACUAAACAAGAAGUCAAAAGCCUUAAUAAAUUCACAAAACAAUCGUAA